AAUCUAAAAAUCGAGCUCGCCAUUCGAGGGGUGAGUCACGCACUGUCUGGUCGCCUAUAAAUUAUAAUUAAUUGUGUGUGUGUGGACGUGUGUGUGUGUGAAUGCAACAAGGCCAAGCAAUAUCGACCCGAACAUGCGUCAGAAAAAGUACAGUGUUCAUUGAGGCCAUAGACAAGAUAGAGCAAGGAAGUGCGUGGUGGGUUGGACAUUUCUCCGAAAAACAAUUGUACUGUUGAUUCGGUAAUUCUUGACGAGAAGUUGACCCAAAGGUCGUUGACCUCAGGAUGAGGGUCGGGCGGGAGCCCCCACAGGUGGACGACCACUUCGGUGCGUCGCUGGACAAAGAAAUGAACAUCGUGCGCUUACGACAUGCCGCUCAGAAAGUCCGGGCGGAGUUUCUGGGCCAGCUCGAUGGUCAUCUGGAGGGCCUUCUGGACAGUUUUGUCGGCGAGCUGGAAAAACAGAGUGACCAGGACGAACUGAAUGCGAACGAUUCCGACCAAAGACCAAAACAGGGUGAACAGAAGCAGCUGAAAGAAAAAGUAUUCAUUGCCAGAGAAUCAUUGCUUACACAAUUAUUGGUGAACAAAAACAUCCGGACAAUUUACAACAUAUUCGUGGCCAUGCUGAUUGUCUUUGUACUGAACACCGCAGUCUACGAGUACAUUGAAAACGGCAGCAUCAAGUUGAACGUCGACAUGCUGCUGUGGCAGUUUGGCCAGUUCCCGGUGGUCCUGUCUACGUGGUGUAUCAUGAUGAUGUGGACAAUGAUAGUGACGUUCGUCUUGUUCCAGUACUGGGCCACCAACCGGCAUAAACGAAACCGCGUUCCUGAUCGGGUGUGGCUGUGUAUCUACAUUGCCUCCCAGCUGUUCAUGUGCGUCUUUCCGCUGAGGGUCGUCCUGAGCCACCAGCUACCCCCGGCCUCGACGAUCAUCGUCAUCGCCGAGCAGCUCCGGUUGAUCAUGAAGACCCAUUCCUUCAUCCGGGAGAACGUGCCCAGGGCCCGGCAGUGGAAGCCUCGUUCAGACUCUGCAGAAGCCGACAUCCUGCAGAAAAAUGGCGUCGUCAGGACCAUCGGCCACAGCUCCAGCAACGCUUACCUCCGCAGUCCGACCAACGGCCACCUGCGCGGCAAUGGCCACAUGCGCAGCAGGAGCGAUGGCUGCCCCCGCUUCCUGGCGCACGCCAACGGCGUCAGUGUCGCCAGCCAGGCACGGCUCGCGAGCAACGGCGAGAGCGGCGGCGGUCCCUGCCCGGACUUCUCCCACUUCUUGUACUUCCUGUUUGCGCCCACGCUCAUCUACCGGGACCGGUACCCACAGACGCCCAAGAUUAGAUGGAACGUGGUCAACACCAACUUACUGCAGGUUCUAGCGUGCUUGUUCUACACCUACUACACCUUUGAGCGUUUCUGCGUGCCGGUCUUCCGCAACUUCAGCCAGGAGAAGCUGACGCUCCAGCGGCUGGUCCUGUGCGUCUUCAGCUGCAUGCUGCCCGGCACGCUGGUCCUGAUCCUGGCCUUCUUCGCCAUUCUCCACUCCUGGAUGAACGCUUUCGCCGAGAUGAUGCGUUUCGCCGACCGACAGUUCUACAAAGAUUGGUGGAACUGCAAGUCCUAUGCCAAUUAUUACCGGACUUGGAACAUUGUCGUGCACGACUGGCUGUACACGUACAUCUACAGAGAUUUCCAGCUCCUUCGGAUUAGGAAGAGCAUUUCCAUGAUUGCCGUCUUCGUUAUUUCGGCGCUUGUCCACGAGUACGUUCUCUCGCUAGCUUUUGGUUUCUUCUUCCCAGUUCUCAUGUUUCUCUUCGGCGGAGUCGGAUUCAUUUUCAUCUUCAUUACCGGUAAAGGGACGUCCAACCUUCACAACAUUUUCGUCUGGUUGUCCCUGUUCAUGGGCAAUGGCAUACUCAUGUGCCUGUACAGCCAGGAAUGGUACGCUAGGCAACACUGCCGCGCCCCAACGGAAAACUCCACACUUUGGGAUGCUGCUACAGAUUUGGUCGUCCCAAAGUCUUUCUUUUGCAACUGGCAACCCUGAACGCAACAGGAACCUUUUUUCCUUUUUGGUUCUCCAGAAACAGUUGGUGUGAAUCGAUUUUCCUAUUAAAGCCGUAAAUUAUUCUAGAUAAUUCACGAUCGUUUCACAUUUGAAAGCUAGCCAACUUACUCCUGUAAACUCAGCAUUAAGUUUUUGUUUUGUUUUGCAACAUUUAUAGACAUGUAUGUAUAUAUGAUUUUUUUUUUCCGAGAUCAAGGAAAAUAAAGAAGUAGUCCUACACAAAAGUAAAGUUAUUUUAAUUGAGAAGUAUAUAUCAUAUGAGUUAUCCAUCACUAAAAAUUAUUAACAAUGCAUCUAAAGAGUUUUAAAUGCACAAAGAAUGCUUUGAAAUAAGUCAGAACAUUUAAUUUAAUUAUAUAAAAAAAUUUAAUUUAAUUAUAUAGGAAAAAAAAACAAGAGGGUGAAUGAUUCAGGAAGUUAAUGGUCCUCGUAUAUAGCGCCCUCUGGAUUUGAUAGUACAAGUUGGAAAGUUAAUGGUCUUCAAGACUAGUGCCCUCUAUUGUCACUACAAUUUAAAUAGUCUGAUUAUUUUUUUAAUGGCCUCAAAAAUAGCACCCCCUGUCUUGUAAAUUUGAAAUGAUAAAGCCACCAGUUCUUUUAAAUAGCACCCUCUUGUGAAAUAUGUAUAAAUGAUUUUUUUUUUCUAGAUCAAAGAAAAUAAAAGAAAUACACAAAAUGUAAUUAAAAUUUAAAUUGAGAAAGUGAAUAACAGAUAUAACUAAACAUUAUUUACAAAGCAUCUUGAGAGUUUAAAAUGCACUAAGAAUCAUUUGAAAUAUUCAGAAAUUGUUUAAUUUAAUUACAUGUGUAUUUAGGAAUAAAACAGGUAAAACAAGAGAGUGAAGGAUUAGUGAAGUUAACGGUCCUUGUGAAUAGCGCCCUCUGUAAUCAAUAGUUCAAGUUCAAAAACUUAAUGGUCUUCAUGAGUAGCGCCCUCUAUUGUCACAAGAAUUUAAAUGUCAAAUUUUUUUUUAAUGGUCUCAAAAACAGCGCCCUCUAGAUUGUAAGAUCAAGACUGAUACUAGACUGGUUCCAGGCCCCUUCAUUUGUCAUAUGGACUUCGAAUGUAGGGACUGGUAGUGGGUAAGAGAUUAAGAAUAUAUCAGAAGGAUUUCUUUCUAAUGUAUGCAGAGAAGGGCUUUGCUUAGAUUUUCUUUUAAUUGAAGGGAAAUAUGUAUUAUAAUGCAACAUGUAAAAAGGAAGCAUCAGUUUUGUCUUAUUUGCCAAAGGUUUUGUUUUAAUGUUUGUGUUAUUCAAUCAAAUUGAAAGUAAUUAUUAACAAGAUUGGAAGAAAUAUUGCACUUUGAAAUCCAUACAAAGAGCACUAAGUAAUUGCUGCUACACAGUGUUCUUUUAAACAAAUACAAACCGAUCCAAUGAAAACAAUGGAUCUUUUCAAAAUAAGAAAAAAAAUGAACCGCGUCAUAUUCUACAGUUUACACUUAUCCGGUUCUACGUUACCUUGUUCCAUAAUCCCAAGUUUAUGUUAUACAAUACAUCUCCAAGGUUUAUGAAAUAUUUAUAUUCAAAGUAUUUUCCAAAAAAAAAGUUGCAACCUAUUGGGAUGUCAGGGUAUUAAAUAAUUUAUUAGCAUAUGCGCAUAUUUAUGAGCCUGUGUCACAGUUAUAGGUGUAGUUUCUGUCAAAAUGCGAAUUCGUGUUAGUUUGUUACUAUAGAUACCAAGCGUCAGACUUAUAAAAAUAAGAAUAUUGCAGUAAUUAUGUAAGAAAUUCAAGACUUAAGAUCUAGUAAUUAUUGAUUUGUAUUGUAAAGAAGAGAAGUUUGAAAAUAAUUCUUUUUUUGGUUGGAAAGGUAAAUUAAUAUUUCCAAAACAAUGAA